AAUCUUCAAAAGGGUCGAAGAAAGGGGGAAGAAAAAGAAGAGUGAAAACGAAAAUCAAAACCAAAACCCAAAUACUCAAAACCAGAUUAGAGCGUAUUCGUAUCUCACACACAAACGAAAAAACAAAAAAAAAAAACGAUUACUCCCUCUUCUUUUUUCUUCUUCUUCGUUUCAACUCAAGUGUUAAACAAAACCCUAAUAAUCUCAUUCAUCUCUUUCUAGAAUCUUCGAUCGAUUCAUUUUUAGAUCCAUCAACUCUGGCGGGUUAUCGGGUGAAGUUAAUGUCGGAUCCGCCACAAGGGUUACAGUGCCGCCACCGUGAAUCGCCGUCGCGAAAUAAUUACUGAAGCAUGCUUACCGUGGUGCGUGUGCACCUUCCUUCUGAUAUUCCCAUUGUUGGCUGUGAACUCACGCCGUAUGUUCUUCUUCGUCGUUUUGAUUCAACUCUUUCCACCGAUGAUGUUCUUGAAUCUUCUCCUUUAGAUGGCCAUUUCUUGCGUUACAAAUGGUAUCGUGUACAAAGUGAUAAAAAUGUUGCUGUAUGUAGCAUACAUCCAUCUGAGCCGGCCACAAUGCAGUGUGUAGGUUGUCUCAAGGCCAAAAUACCUAUUUCUAAAAGUUAUCACUGCACCGCAAAGUGUUUUUCAGAUGCAUGGCAGCAUCACCGUGCCUUACAUGAUCGUGCUGCAAAUGCAGUUAAUGAAAAUGGAAAUGAGGAGGACGAGGUAUUUGGACGAUAUAAUAGUUCGAAUUCCAACUUAUCUGGCUCUGCAUCAAGUGCUAGUUUGACGAAUGGGUAUGCAGCUCCUAUGUAUCCAGCUGGUAUCAGAAAUGGCAAUGAAACUUGGUUCGAAGUUGGACGAUCCAAGACUUAUACCCCAACUGCUGAUGACAUUGGUCAUGUCCUUAAGUUUGAAUGUUCUGUAGUUGAUGCAGUGACAAAAUCACCUGUGGGACAAGCUAGCACUUUACAAACUAAUAGGGUCAUUCCUGCUCCUUCACCAAUUCCGCGCCGAAUUAUACGUGUUGAUGGGAUGGGGCAUUUAGAUCUAGAUAGGCGUAUGACAUCUUCAGGAACUUUUACUGCUCUGUCAUACAAUGUCUUGUCUGAGACAUGUGCCUCAAAUGAUCUCUAUAGUUACUGCCCUCCGUGGGCACUUUCUUGGCCAUAUCGCAGGCAAAAUUUGUUACGGGAAAUUGUUGGUUAUGCUGCAGACAUAAUUUGCCUUCAGGAGGUUCAAAAUGACCAUUAUGACGAAUUUUUUGCUCCUGAGUUGGACAAACAUGGUUAUCACAGUCUUUUCAAGAGAAAAACAACCGAGGUAUCCAGUGGCAACACAAUUGAUGGUUGUGCGACAUUUUUUCGCAGAGACAAAUUUUCCCAUGUGAAGAAAUAUGAGGUUGAGUUCAAUAAGGCUGCACAGUCUUUAACAGAAGCCAUGAUUCCAACCGCUCAGAAGAAAACUGCCUUGAAUCGGCUGGUCAAGGAUAAUGUUGCACUAAUAGUGGUUCUAGAAACGAAAGUUAACAAUCAACUAGUUGACAAUCUUGGGAAAAGACAACUUCUUUGUGUGGCAAAUACACAUGUUCAUGUUCAGCAAGAUUUGAAAGAUGUCAAACUCUGGCAGGUGCAUACUCUAUUAAAGGGGUUGGAAAAAAUAGCUACAAGUGCGGACAUUCCAAUGUUGGUUUGUGGAGACUUUAAUUCUGUUCCAGGAAGUGCUCCUCAUGCACUUCUUGCAAUGGGGAAGGUAGACCCGUCGCAUCCUGAUUUAACAGUUGACCCACUUAAUAUUUUACGCCCUCAUAGCAAGUUGGUUCACCAAUUGCCACUGGUCAGUGCAUACUCGUCUUUUGCAAGAACAGCAGGUCUUGCAUUCGAGCAGCAUAAAAGGAGACUGGAUGGCGGCACAAAUGAACCUUUGUUCACAAGCGUUACUAGAGAUUUUGUUGGCACUCUAGACUACAUAUUUUACACAGCUGAUUCAUUAGUUGUGGAGUCAUUAUUGGAGUUAUUGGAUGAAGAGAGUUUGAGGAAGGACACUGCACUUCCUUCACCUGGAUGGUCCUCAGAUCAUAUAGCACUCCUAGCCGAGUUCCGCUGCUGCAAAAAUAAGUCUAGGCAUUGAUACUUUAAGUUCAGAUCCAGAGACACAUAAAGAAAAAGGCUGAAAGAAGCAUUUGGCCGGAAGUUAUUGUAAGAAUGGUGGAUCGUGCAUGUAUUUUCCAGGUAUCUCCAUGCGGGAUCCUUGCAGUGAUCUGCUUUGUAUCAUGUUACCUUACUCAUAGAAAAAUUAUGGUGAUCAUGCCUUAUUACUUUCUUCUUUGUCCCUUUUCCCUCCCAACCUUCGCUUCAAAUCUUUUUCCCUUUGUAAAGGCAAAAAUUUCUUCAAAGAUGCCUUACUGGCUCUAAUACAUCCUAGUGAACAAACCAUGUUUUUCCAAUUUAGUGGCGGCUGAGCCUAUAGUUUUAAUUCAUAACAAAGUAGUAGAAUUUGAGGGAAGUUGCUUAACAUGGACAUGAAUUUUGAACUGUUGCUUCAUUCGUAGCAACAUAGGAAGAGAUGUUUACUGUUAACAAUUGAAAACAAGUUAGACACAUUUUUCCGGCUCCCCCUAAACACAAUGGUAGCAAAUGAUCACUCUCUAUCCUUGUGUUGCAAGAAAAAUUGGCAUUUCCCUUGUGUAUAAUAUGAUAGAAGGCAUAUAUUAUGUUCCGUUAA